UGAUGCUGCUGCCUACGGUACGCAGAGAAACAAAGGGUACUCAUUAAGCAGAAAAUGCCGACUGCUUGGGUUCGAACGUGCAUGAAAACACUUAAAGAAAAGCAGCGAGGCUCUGCGGUCCACCAUCGCGAAAACAGCAGGUGGAAUUGCACCUAACCCGAACCAGCGCAGCCAGAGGGGCCAGAGCCCGGCGGACUGUUGCCGGAGAGCUGGGACAAUUGGAGGUCAUAUCUCACUCGUUUUGAGCUCAUCGACGAUUAAAUGACGAUGCUACGCAGUGCAAAUUUCGAAGUAGCCGGGAAAGUGCAAGGUGUUUUCUUUCGCAAAUGCACCAAGGACGAAGCCCGCAGGCUAGGGGUGUGCGGAUGGGUGCGCAACACGAGUAAAGGCACUGUUGAGGGAAUUAUUCAAGGUAGCCCGGACAAGAUUGACAGCAUGAAACACUGGCUCAGCAAUGUUGGCAGCCCAAAUUCGGUCAUCAGCAGCUGCAAGUUCACUAAUGAGAAGACCAUCGACGACCUGGAAUUCGAAGAGUUCAGUAUUAAAAAAACGGUCUAAAUAUUGUGGCA